AUGUUAGGUGGAGUGGAGUUUGAAGCCAUAGAUAAUGAUAAUGGUUGUAUAGUGGUAUUGGAUUCCACAAUAAGAGGUAGUGGUGUUGAUAUGAAAAGAUCUAAUAGUGAAUUAGGUGUUGU